GGCUGGCACGGGCCGGUGAGGCGGUACCAGGUGGGGGCCGUCGGGUGUCAUGGGCGGUGGCGGCGGCACCGCCUCCGCGUCUCCCUGAGCCGGACCUCACGGGGAGGGGUGGGGGGGGAACUCUGCGCCAAGCUGGGCGAUGGACGAGAGCAGCGAGCUGGGCGGUCUGGAGACCAUGGACACCCUCACGGAGCUGGGCGACGAGCUGACUCUGGGGGACAUCGAUGAAAUGCUACAGUUCGUCAGCAAUCAAGUGGGAGAGUUCCCCGAUCUGUUUUCAGAGCAGCUAUGUAGCUCGUUUUCUGGAGGGGGCGGUAAUGGCCCCGGCGGCGGCGGCAACAACAGCAACAGCAAUGGCAGAGGCACCAGUGGUGGAGCCGCAGACCCUGGACUACAGCGGUCGUUCAGCCAGGCCCCGUUACCUACCUUCUCCCCCUCAGCUGCCUCCUCUCAGGCUCCAGCCCUCCAGGUCAAAGUCUCUCCUACCCCACCAAGGGCAACCCCUGUUCUCCAGCCCAGACCCCAGCCCCAGCCCCCACCUUCAGCUCAGCUUCAGCAGCAGACGGUAAUGAUCACCCCAACGUUCAGCACUGCUCCACAGACGAGGAUCAUCCAGCAGCCUUUGAUAUACCAGAAUGCAGCAACCAGUUUUCAAGUCCUGCAGCCUCAAGUCCAAAGCCUGGUGACAUCCUCGCAGGUACAGCCAGUCACGAUCCAGCAGCAGGUGCAAACUGUACAGGCCCAGAGGGUGUUGACACAAACAGCCAAUGGCACGCUGCAGACCCUUGCCCCAGCCACAGUGCAGACAGUUGCUGCGCCCCAGGUGCAGCAGGUCCCGGUCCUGGUUCAGCCUCAGAUCAUUAAGACAGACUCCCUUGUUCUGACCACACUGAAAACAGAUGGCAGCCCUGUCAUGGCUGCAGUCCAGAACCCAGCCCUCACUGCUCUCACUACCCCCCUCCAGACAGCUGCCCUUCAAGUACCAACCCUGGUAGGCAGCAAUGGGACCAUUCUGACCACAAUGCCUGUAAUGAUGGGACAAGAGAAAGUUCCUAUUAAGCAAGUACCUGGAGGCGUAAAGCAGCUAGAGCCCCCCAAAGAAGGAGAGAGACGGACAACACACAAUAUCAUUGAAAAGCGGUAUCGAUCCUCUAUCAACGACAAAAUCAUAGAGCUGAAGGACUUGGUCAUGGGAACAGAUGCCAAGAUGCACAAGUCUGGCGUUCUGAGGAAGGCCAUUGAUUACAUCAAAUAUUUGCAGCAGGUCAAUCACAAGCUGCGUCAGGAGAACAUGGUGCUGAAGCUGGCAAAUCAGAAAAACAAGCUUCUGAAGGGCAUUGACUUAGGCAGUCUGGUGGACAGUGACGUGGACUUGAAGAUUGAUGACUUUAAUCAGAAUGUCCUUCUGAUGUCUCCUCCGGCCUCUGACUCGGGGUCCCAGGCAGGUUUCUCCCCCUAUUCCAUUGACUCUGAGCCAGGAAGUCCUCUGCUGGAUGAUGCAAAGGUCAAAGAUGAACCAGACUCUCCUCCUGUGGCACUGGGCAUGGUGGACCGAUCUCGAAUUCUGCUGUGUGUCCUCACGUUCUUGGGCCUCUCCUUUAACCCCUUGACUUCCUUGCUGCAAUGGGGAGGGGCCCACGAUGCUGACCAGCACCCAUAUUCAGGCUCUGGCCGCAAUGUACUGUCACUGGAGUCAGGUUCUGGGGGCUGGUUUGACUGGAUGAUGCCAACUCUCCUCCUAUGGCUGGUAAAUGGUGUGAUUGUCUUGAGCGUCUUUGUGAAGCUGUUGGUCCACGGGGAGCCAGUGAUCCGCCCACACUCACGCUCCUCAGUCACCUUCUGGAGACACCGGAAGCAGGCGGACCUAGACCUUGCCAAAGGUGAUUUUGCGGCUGCUGCUGCCAACCUACAAACCUGCUUAUCAGUUUUGGGCCGGGCACUGCCCACCUCCCGCUUAGACUUGGCCUGCAGUCUCUCCUGGAAUGUGAUCCGGUACAGCCUGCAGAAGCUGCGCCUAGUACGCUGGAUACUCAAAAAAGUCUUCCAGCGCUGGCGGGCUACCCCAGCCACUGCAGCUGGCUUUGAGGAUGAAGCUAAGAGCAGUGCGAGGGAUGCAGCCCUGGCCUAUCACAGGCUGCACCAGCUGCAUAUCACAGGGAAGCUUCCUGCAGGGUCUGCCUGCUCAGAUGUACACAUGGCUCUGUGUGCUGUGAACCUCGCCGAGUGUGCUGAGGAGAAAAUCCCACCAAGCACACUUAUUGAGAUCCAUCUGACAGCUGCCAUGGGACUCAAGACCCAGUGUGGAGGCAAACUGGGCUUCUUGGCUAGCUACUUCCUUAAUCGUGCCCAGAGUCUGUGUGGCCCAGAGCACAGCACUGUCCCUGACUCCCUGCGCUGGCUCUGCCACCCCUUGGGCCAGAAGUUUUUCAUGGAGCGAAGCUGGUCAGUCAAGUCAGCAGCCAAGGAGAGCCUGUACUGUGCCCAGAGGAACCCAGCUGACCCCAUUGCCCAAGUCCACCAGGCUUUCUGCAAAAACCUACUGGAAAGAGCUGUGGAGUCCUUGGUGAAACCUCAGGCCAAGAAGAAGGCAGGCGACCAGGAAGAUGAGAGCUGUGAAUUUUCCAGCGCCCUAGAGUAUUUGAAAUUACUUCAUUCUUUUGUGGACUCUGUGGGAUUUGUGACCCCACCAUUCUCUAGCAGUUCUGUGCUCAAGUCAGCCCUUGGUCCGGAUAUCAUCUGUAGGUGGUGGACAUCCGCAAUCACUAUGGCCAUCAGCUGGCUCCAGGGAGAUGAUGCAGCUGUGCGCUCUCAUUUUACUGAAGUAGAGCGGGUCCCCAAGGCCCUGGAAGUGACUGAGAGUCCCUUGGUGAAGGCCGUCUUCUAUGCCUGUAAAGCCAUGCAUGCCUCACUCUCUGGGAAAGGAGAUGGGCAACAGAAUUCCUUCUGUCAUUGUGAGAGGGCCAGUGGUCACCUAUGGAGCAGUCUCAAUGUCAGUGGAGCUACUUCUGAUCCUUCACUUAACCAUGUGGUCCAGCUGCUCACCUGUGACCUACUACUGUCCCUGAGGACAGCACUCUGGCAAAAGCAGGCAGGUGCCAGCCAGGGUCUGGGUGAGACCUACCAUGCAUCAGGCACUGAGCUGGCUGGCUUCCAGCGGGACCUGGGUAGCCUGCGCAGGUUGGCCCAUAGCUUCCGCCCGGCAUACCGCAAGGUGUUCCUACAUGAAGCCACCGUGCGCUUGAUGGCCGGAGCCAGCCCCACCCGUACACACCAACUGCUGGAGCAUAGCCUACGGCGGCGUACCAGUCAGAACAGCAAGCAUGGAGAGGUAGACACCUGGCCCGGCCAACGAGAGCGAGCUACUGCCAUCCUGCUGGCCUGCCGCCAUCUUCCACUGUCUUUCCUGUCCUCCCCGGGCCAGCGGGCAGUGCUGCUGGCAGAAGCCGCCCGCACCCUGGAGAAGGUGGGGGACCGACGUUCCUGCAACGACUGCCAGCAGAUGAUUGUCAAGCUGGGUGGUGGCACUGCCAUCGCUGCCUCCUGACCACGCACGGGCUUGGUCCACCACUUUCCACCUUUGUCUCUGUCUCCCAGGACCUUCCCUCUGUCUCUCAGACUGUCUCCCCAUCUGUUUUUCUCCCUCCUCCAAGAGCUGUGAGGAUGAAGGCAAGACUGACUUUCUGAGCUGUCACCUGCCAAGGCUUUUGGAUCAUUUCAGGCCAGUAGCACCAUGGGCAAAGCUCCUUAAGAGUGCUGCGGUAAAUGCCCGUGGUCUAAGCCCAGGUGGGCUGAGAAGAAAGGCCGUCUGAGCAGGAAUGGGGUGAUCGCCUCACUUGAAAGCAACCUAGGGUGCUGCCGAGCCCCUUCCCCAGCCCUCUGGAGACUCGAGUGCCCCUCUCUGCCUCUUUGGGGUUUUGUUAUGGAUUUUUUUUUUUUUUUUUUUUUUUUUUAUCAUCAGGCUUUCUCUGGGAACUAGGAUUCUGUGCACCAGAGAGCAUUUUGGACUUAUCUGGCAUGCCCCUUUUUAUACAGAUGUUUUUAUAUGUGUGUCCUUGGGCCUGCCACGAUACAGGGCAAAGUUGCUGUGGCAUCUGAAUUUCUCCCUGGGCCUGCAUUCUCUCCCCUAGGCCUGCCUAAGCCUGGUCAUUGUUUUCUCAUCAUUACAAGGGACAGCCAGGGAAGGAAGGGAGCCCAGCCCUGGGGAGGUGGGUGGGAGGCAGGGGCAGGUCUAGGGAUGGAUAAAAUAAUGUUGGCAUUGUUUUUUAAUUUUUUAAAAAAUAAAUGGUAUCUUAUUUAAUUGUCCUGUUCCUUCCCCCUCUUCCACCCCCUGGGAUGGCAGCCUGAGCUCAGGGUAGGCCCAGGGGCUGGACAGGAUGAAGCCACCGUUGGGUCUGGGAUCCAGGGG